GAAAGGUCGGGAUGGAGCUGAGUGGUAGAGAACUUGCCAGGCACAUGCAAGCCCUGUGCUGGGGAGCACCUCCAAAAUAGGAAAGACUGUGGCUCUGUGGUCCUGAGGGAGGCUCUUAGCUUCUCUGUUUCUCCAGAAGAAGCCAUCCCGUCUGCAGCAUUAACAGUGUGAUGGCCUAGGCUGGAACCUGGGGGGAAGCAGGACCAAAGGGGAGGGCGCCCCACCCGUCCUCAGCCCACCUUUAGCCCCACCUCUCUUCCAGGGUCUCCCAGCUACACUGAGAUGGAGGCGAACCCCGCGGGGGGCAGCGGGAGCGGUGGCCUUGGGGGCGAGGACGGCGUGCAUUUCCAGAGCUACCCUUUCGACUUCCUGGAGUUCCUCAACCACCAGCGCUUCGAGCCCAUGGAGCUGUACGGGGAGCACGCCAAGGCCGUGGCCGCGCUGCCCUGCGGUGCACCUUCGGGGACUCCGGGGCCACUGCCCGCACCUUCACAGACCCCGCCCGGCCCCCCCACCACAGGGGCGGCCUGUGACCCUGCCAAGGACGACAAGGGCUACUUCCGGCGGCUCAAGUACCUGAUGGAGCGGCGCUUCCCGUGCGGCGUGUGCCAGAAGUCCUUCAAGCAGUCCUCGCACCUGGUGCAGCACAUGCUCGUGCACUCGGGCGAGCGGCCCUACGAGUGCGGUGUGUGCGGCCCGUUCGCCUGCCCGCUGUGCUGGAAGGUGUUCAAGAAGCCCAGCCACCUGCACCAGCACCAGAUCAUCCACACGGGCGAGAAGCCCUUCUCCUGCUCCGUGUGCAGCAAGAGCUUCAACAGGCGCGAGAGCCUCAAGCGGCAUGUGAAGACGCACUCAGCCGACCUGCUGCGCCUGCCCUGCGGCGUGUGCGGCAAGGCCUUCCGGGACGCUGCACGCUGUGGCACGGCCCCAGCGCUGCGGCGCUUGUGGCAAGACCUUCCGCUACCGCUCCGCGUGUGCGGCCGGGGCUUCCUGCGUUCCUGGUACCUGCGGCAGCACCGUGUGGUGCACACCGGAGAGCGCGCCUUCAAGUGUGGUGUGUGUGCCAAGCGCUUCGCACAGUCGUCCAGCCUGGCCGAACACCGCAGGCUGCACGCUGUGGCACGGCCCCAGCGCUGCGGCGCUUGUGGCAAGACCUUCCGCUACCGCUCCAACCUGCUGGAGCACCAGCGGCUGCACUUGGGUGAGCGGGCCUACCGUUGCGAGCACUGCGGCAAGGGCUUCUUCUACCUGAGCUCUGUGCUGCGCCACCAGCGUGCCCAUGAGCCGCCGCGGCCGGAGCUGCGCUGCCCCGCCUGCCUCAAGGCCUUCAAAGACCCCGGCUACUUUCGCAAGCACCUGGCGGCCCACCAGGGUGGCCGGCCCUUCCGAUGCUCCUCCUGUGGUGAGGGUUUCGCCAACACCUACGGCCUGAAGAAGCACCGCCUGGUGCACAAGGCUGAGGGCCUCGGAGCGCCGGGGGCAGCAGCGGGGGCGGGGGCCCUGGCUGGGAAGGACACCUGACCUGGGCUACUUCCCAUGCGGCCAUGUCCGCUCUGGACUGCCCCCGCCUGGGACUUCUGCCAGACUCUUUCCCCGUCCUUCAGAACCUCAGACGAACUGGCCGCCCAGGGCCCAGGACCUGCAGACUCCAGACUCCAGACUGAACCGCCCUCCCUCGUCCAUCCAGACCAGACUUGGGUUUGUCCAGCCCUCUCCUGACCCUCUCCCGCCGCCCGCGGUGGCCCUCCACCCCAGGGAGCGAGCUUUUCGACAGAGAUGGAACUGAAUCCCACACCCCUUCCUUUCGAGCUUGGCUGGGCAGUGGGAUAUGCAGAGUGGGACCACGGAAGGGGGCGUUUGGGUUGUGGGCUUGGGGUCAGGGUGGCAGACGCCGCUUGUACAGAGCAGAGAACAAUAAAUCUUCACAACA